AGGAGGAACAAGCUAAACUGCAGAAACGAAAACGCAGAGCUACAACAACUCCUAAGAGCCACAGGGGGAGUUAGACAAAAUAAGUAUCAACUCAAAGUAACAACCGAACAUGGUACUAGCACUAACCGUGACCUCGAAAAAGCAACUGAACGAAUUGAGGAUCUAGAAUCCAAGCUCCAAGUCUGGGAGCGGGCUCGAGACAAUGAAAGAAAACCCCACCAGGGCGCGCUACAUGAAUUAAAAGAAGCCAAAGAGCGCAAAUUCAAUGCCCGAUCAGACACUUUUCGGCCAGGAGCUACGACACCAGUAGCCUCCUUUGCCCACUUGCGGACUGACGGGGACCCGAGUGACCAAGUUAAAAGGUCUUCCUCCCCUCAGCUUCCUCCGCCGUCAAGGGACCACUAUCCGCGAGGUCCCUCUGACAGAGACCUGGACAAAAUCGCUCGAAACAUAACCCGUUUUGAACCAAAACCAGGCGGUAAAAAUGAUGCCCGAGAGUAUCUAAAUGACAUAGAGUUCUAUCUGAGGACAUUCCCUAAUGCCACAGUUGAGGAUAGAAUCUAUCUAAUUAAAGGGACCGCUAGUCAAAAAGUCAGCAAGUUCAUCGAGCGACAACCUCGCCAAAUCAGAGGAAGCUUUGAAGCCCUCAGCCAAGCACUGAUAGAUGAAUAUAAAAGCUACACAGUAAAGACAGGCCUAACUGCCGCUUUAGCUGUCAAACAAGGGAGACAAGAAUCUCCCCACGAGUACUACGAGAGGCUUCACGAAGCCUACUUCGGGUCCAAAAAUGAAACUGAAAUGAAGGAAGACAAUCAGUCAACACUAAAAUGGCCGCGAAUGGAAGCUUUGACUCAACGAGACAACUUCUUAUGUUCCUUGACAAACCUGAAAGGACACGAGUCCUGCCCACAGGUCACAAGCGGCAUUAAACUUGAGGACACUCACUUUGAUGAUGUGGUCUUGGCCCUCUGGGCCGACAAAUCGGCAAUCAGCCGAGAACUGUAUGAGUCAUUGUCACAGAAAGAUCCAAACAUUCACUUUGUGCAGAAACCUUUCCGUUUUCCUUCAGACCCCGUACCCCAGUCAACAUGGACUGCAGAGGGGGUCUGCGCUUUAAAGGUGCAAUGGAACCAGAGGAACUUGACUCAUCUCUUUCUGGUCAUUCCUGAUCUGCCACACCAAGUCUACAUAGGCGGCGAUGUGCUCGCAAGAUUAGACGUCCAGGUGGACAUGAUCAAUAACGUCUUAUGGUCACUGGUAAAGGGCCAAAAUGACGACAUCACUUACAGCCCUGAGAACAUGAAGUCAGGACAAACUAUCCCGGAAGCUUGCCAAGUCAUAAACGAACAUCACAUGGUUGUGCCGGCCAAAACCAAAAACGUCGCCAUAACCUUGAACGUAAAAUCCGGCCAACAUCUCGGCCAUUCACAAGGCUUCUUCCAACCUUCUCCUUUGUUCUGCAAAUUAGGACUAUCUCUUGAAGCAACACCUUGCUGAGUCUGCGCUCCAGGUCAACCCACCUGCUGGUGCAUAACACCACCACAGAAGAGAUACUGAUUCCAAAAUCCACUCCUUUUGGGUGGAUGAUCAGCACCAAGUUUCAUGACUUCGAGCUGAGAAUCCCAAUGAUAGGGCCUAUACCUCCCACUUUGCUCCAUGACCACUUGGAUGGAGGUGUUGUGUACACUAAACCUUCAAGGGCUAUCGCCCUAUUCCCAUCCUUAAGACUCACUAGCGACACACCUGUCGCAUUGACCUUGCUAAUCGCAAAGAAAUGGUCACACAAAACGUUAACACCUUGUCACUUGACUCAUCGCAGGGUGCUGAAUCUUUUCCCAGCCCUCCCACCCCUGUGAUUCAUGUUGUCACUCGAGCUCAGGCAGCGGACAGCCUCU